UUCCCCUCUGCAGAAGAGUUGGAGUCACAAGUCUUCCCGGGAAACAGAAGCGAAGUGGAUCAUUUUCGACUUUUGCAACGGGACGGCGAUUCUCUGCUAAUAGGAGCAAGAAACAUCGUGUACAACAUCAGCGUCCACAACUUGGUGGAGAACCUUAGUCAGAGAAUAGUGUGGUUCUCCAAGCAACAUGACAGCUCCGUCUGCUUCAACAAGGGCAAGUCUGUGGACGAAUGCCAAAACUACAUCCGAGUGCUGGCCAAGGAGGGCGAGGGGCAGUUCCUGGUGUGCGGGACCAACGCCUACAAGCCUCUGUGUCGGCACUACGCCCAGCAGGCGGAUGGCAGUUUCAACUUCACCGAGAAGAUCGGGGCGGGGAAGUGUCCGUACGACCCGCGGCACAACUCAACUUUCGUCUACGUGGAUGGCGAACUCUACUCCGGAACUGUUGCGGAUUUCCAAGGCAUGAUUCCGCUUAUUUUCCGAGAGCCCCUGAAGACAGACCACAAUGACUACAAUCAGCUCAACGCCCCAGAUUUCGUACACUCCUUUGACUACGGGGAGUUUGUGUUUUUCUUCUUUCGGGAGACUGCCGUUGAGUACAUGAACUGCGGCAAGCGUGUAUACUCCCGAGUGGCGCGGGUGUGCAAGAGGGACCGAGGCGGGGGACAGGCGCGCUUUAAGUCUCUCUGGACCUCGUUCCUCAAGAGCAGACUUAACUGUUCCGUGCCUGGGGAGUACCCGUUCUACUUUGAUGAGAUCCAGUCCACCACUGACGUCAUCUCUGGAGUGUAUGGCGACGAGAGGCACGAGCUGAUCUAUGCUGUCUUCACCACGCCCUCCAACUCCAUCCCGGGGUCGGCAGUGUGCGCCUUCUCCAUGCGUGCCAUCCUGGACACCUUCGAGGGGGCCUUCAAGGAGCAGGAGAACAUGAACUCCAACUGGCUGCCUGUGAAGCCUUUCGAGGUUCCAGACCCAAGACCAGGUAGCUGCGUGGAGGACAGCCAGACCUUGCCAGAGGACAACAUCAACUUCGCCAAGUCUCACGCCCUGAUGGAUGAAGCUGUUGCAGGAUUCUUUGGUCGGCCACUCCUCAUGAAGGCUUCUUUCGAAUAUCGCUUCUCCAAGAUAGCAGUCGACCCACAAGUUACUUUCCUAGACGGCAAAACAGUUGAUGUUCUCUUCAUUGCCACAGACAACGGCAUCAUAUUCAAGGCAAUCAACACCCAGGCAUCACCAGGCACAAGCAGCAUUGAACCUGUGGUGAUUGAGGAGAUCCACGUGUUUGAGGAGCCAGUGCCCAUCGUGAACCUCCAGAUUGCCCACCAGAAAGACGGCCAGAGUAAACUGAUCAUCAUCACUGACGAUGAAGUGAAGUCCAUCUCACUCCAUCGCUGCCACAAAGCCACCACCUGCAGUGCAUGUGUGGGACUGCAAGAUCCUUACUGUGCCUGGCACGACGCACACAGCCGCUGUGGUCCACCAGAGCCUCAGAUUGCUGGACCCAUCUUCCAGAAUGUGUCGGGGUACCAUCAACAGUGUCCAUACAGCGCCGACAGUGAAACUUUGAACCCUCCCACGCAGAUACAGACAACUGAGGCCCCAAGCCCUCCAGAGGUGGAGACGUGUGCUCCCUGUGUUUGUCCUGAGCCUUCCUCUCCACGUCCGCCUCCUGUUACCGAUCCUGUGCCCACGGAGGGACCUGUGGAUCACUCAACCAUUUUUGAUACUCUGCUUGAGGAGGAUGAGACAUCCCUCGAGAGUAAUAAAAUUCCCCAGCUGCCGCCCACUCAGGAAAACAAUAAACGCUUGGGCGGUGUUCCAAACAGUGUCCCUCAAGAUCCUGACCUGGCCAAUGAGAUCCUGCUGGACUCCAUAGGAAGAGAGACAAACCAGGAUGUUGGAAUAGCUUAUGCUGAAGGCGGGAUCACGGGUCCCGUGGUUGGAGCAUCACUUGAAGGUCCUCCCAUCUACUCUGCCGAGACACUUGCCAUUGCCGUCACCACCGCCUGUGUGGCUGCCCUCGUCAUUGGCUUCAUCUCUGGCUUCCUUUUUUCUCGCAAGUGCCGGGGGGACGAGUAUGCUCACACUUACUCGGAAACUCCCUACCUGGACUCAAAACUCAACAAGAGGGACAACCUGGUACCUGCGGCGGACCCAAACAUGUACACGGCCAACAACAAGCACAUCAACAACCUGGUGACCAACUAUAAUCCAAAAAACAUUAAUGGCAAGUCCAACACCAACACCACCACGGACAGCAAGCUGCUCAAGCCUGCCAAGUGUGCCUACAUUUGAACCACCAGGGAGCGUUGAGCCUGUUGUUGGCCCAAACCGUUUGUAUUUCAUUAGCCUAGCCAGAGUGUACGAUCACUGUUGCCUGUUCAUUGCAUGGCUCUGGGGUUGUCCUGGAAGGUGUGUCUGUGCGCCAAGACACAGAGGCUUGCUGCCCCACAACACUGUGUUCCUUUUCAUUAUUUGUUGUGGGUGAUAUGGAAGCCUCAAGCUAACUUCUCUUUAUGUGAUGAUUGUGGAUGAUCAGUGUAUGCUUGUUACACACUUGUAAAGGCUAAGUUUAUUGAAUCAUGUAUAUGAUAUUUUAUUUCCAGUGGAACAUGCACAUAUUUAAGUGUAUUCCACAAAGUUACAACUGUAUGGAGUUGAAGAAAACAAGUUAAAAAAGACUUAAGUUUAUGAGAACAGAAAACCUCUGCUUGUGUUUGGUGGAAGUGAUGUGAUAUGUGACGGACACAGUAUGACACAAGCCCAACAUUCCACUCCAGCAGUGACUGUGAAGGUGAUGGCUCAAGUAUGUGUAAAGGAACAGUGUGGCAUCAAUUGUUAUGGCAAAGUGUUUGAUAUCAAUGGAAACCAAUGCGUUUGAUGAACUGGCGAGUGUGUGAACAUUUUGUAUUUUAUUAUUGUAUUUUACAUAAUUGUAUUCUCCUUAUUGCAAGGUUAUAUUACUGAGGGAAAGCUAUAAACCAGCAGUGUAACAUUGUAAUUUCAUGGGAUCAUGGUGGCAGUCAGGCCAACCAGGCCAUGUUAAUAAAAAUACCUAAUGCAGUGUGAAAACUGCAUUAUAGAUUGCAACAUAUGUAGUGGUGACACAUGCAGUCUUCAAAAGUUUAUGGCAUGACACACUGGAGAAAAUAUCCAGAAAGUUUUAAGUUUUGACAAUUGGUUUAAAAGUUAUGUAGAAAAGUGUGAAAAUUAUUUUAAUCAACAUGCAGUCACUCUUCAGUCAUGAGAAAAAUUAAGGCAACAGCACAGUUCUUAGUGAAAGGGAUGGGGUUACUCAAGUGCAUAUUUGACAGAGCAUAUAAACUAGUCACAUGGCAUGAAGCCUUUCCAAGACCUAGUUUACAAGCCCCUCCCUACCCUUGUGUGGACCUGCAGCUCUCUAUGAAUCUUACAUCUCAAUACCAGCCUGACAUCUUCCCUGUGCAGAGGCAGUCAAGACAAGACAUCUGCACCAGGGUUAAGGGGAAGUGAAUCUUCCUUUCCCCUCUAUGCUGUGUCACAUCAUAUAAACACAUGCAGAGGAGGGAGUCUUCAGUCUAUUCAUUCCAUUCCCAUUAGUCACAUUUUAUACACAGGGAAUGCAGACACACACACUGCACCCAUUAUCUGAGGGCUGCAUGGUCAACACUCAGCUGCACCACAGGCAGUACAGACCACACUGUAGUGAGCAGCUCCUUAAUCUUACCUAAUCACCCGGUGGCAAGAACAGGUCAGUCCAUCAGAUUUGCAUGUAAACCUUCUGCCGCCUUCAAAGAGACAGCCAGCUUAAAUUGCCCUGUCACUCUCCACCACAUGCAAACCUCACCGCUGCAUGAACUAGCCUGCAGGUACACCAUGAUCUACACACAUAGCGUUAUCCAAGCUUUACCAAUUGUGUCAUUUAUAUGUUGACCCCUUUGUCCAGAAUGGAUCACGUGUGUUUCCCACCGAAGUACGUGUAAGGCAAGUGGCAGCAUGAGUGUCAGGUGUGAGUGGUGGGGGAGGUGGUGUGACAGGAGAGAAACUGCAUUGUGUGUUGGUGCAAAAAAGUUUUCACAUUUCUGUUAACAUUAUGAAUUAAUCAUUUCAAGGGCUUUGUGAAAGAUCAAGGAAGCUAUUUCUCCAAAAGUUCAUUUUACACUAGCAAAUUGUCUAGAAGAUUUGAUAGACACAAUGUCACUCCAUUGAUCAAAUUUUUAUAGGAAAACAUCUUCCAUUAGUGAAGAUGCAAUGCAUUGGCUGGAAAACUGUGGCAGCUAAGUAAUGCAGAUAUAUUCUUCGUCAUACAAAAACCAUAAUACAAGCUGCCAACAUAGGAAUGUAAGUGCCACAAGUAUUAAUGAUGCAAGCUCAUUGUGAUCAAAACCAAACAUUUUAAUAGCAAUCAGAAAGUAAAAUAGCUUCCAACAUUUUUUCCAUGUUCACAAUCAUAAAUAUCUAAUUUUAGUCUUACACUGCUGAUAAUUUUGAUUACAACUCUAAACAAAACUUCAUGAAGGAGCCGCUGCUGUGCUCCUGCCGCUCCAUGCUGUGUCUGGGGAGGCUCUGGGAGUGUGUUGCAGUAUCCAGUGGCUAAUACUCACACUACCAUCUCCUGACAAGUUUAUUAAGUACAUCUUUUAGUGCUGGCUUGCUGUUGCAGCUUAUGUUUUUAAAUGCCCAUAUGCAGAGAUCUUUGUUUCAUUGUACAUCAAGGAAAAAUUUUACAUUCAUCAAAAAUCAAGUAUUUUCAUUUGAAUAAUGUGGGACUGAUCUGAGGAACACCCAAGUGUCGGUCAGAAGUGUGUAAGUGGAUGAGGCGUGUAUCCACUUGUGUACUGAAGCCUUUGCUGUUAAUGUAUUCCUUGGCUGACACUUGAAGCAGUUAUCUGUGAUGACUUGGAUAAUGUGGUGAUCUGCCAUCAAUGUGGAUGUGGCAGCCAAGUGUGAGGCUCCCUGCCACCUGGCAUCAGCUUUACCUUCCAUUGGUUCACCUCCCAGUCAAAUCACUACAGCCAGAGAUAUUACAAUUCAGCAGAGCCAGCAGGCCACUGUUUAUUCAAAAACACAAUAAUCUCUGUUGUGGUUAAGAGCCACCCUGGACACGCAUUCAGACUUGAGUAAAGCCUAUAGUGUCGUAAAAUGAACCCAGUGUUAAGUUCUAGCGAUCUAUGGCGUGUGGGGAUGAGGGAACCCAGGUUGGUAAAGUCAGUGAGAUGUAUUUGUAUGGCAAAUGUAGAAAAGGUGCUAACCAAUGCUGCAUUUUGGCAGAUGUAAUUUUGUACUGCAUGCAUCCCACCUUAUGAUUAUUCAGUAUUACUGUCUUGUUCUUGAAUUGACAAUGGGUAACUGCUGAAGGUCAAUUAUUGCCUGAAAAAAUGUUAUUUAGUAAUGCACAGAAAGAGUAUUGAUUAUGAUAAUCAUCCUGCCCUAUCAAGAAAAAUUAUAGGAAUCAGCGUAGGUGCCUAUCUACAUAUAGCUCCAGAAAAUGGUAGGUGUUGCAUCCAUAUAGAUGCCUUAUGAUACUAUGUCUGUAUAUGUCGCCCUGAAUAUCUGUACAUUUACUGUUAUAUUGUACAUAAGUGUGUGUAAGGUGCUGGUGUCCUGAGUGUUGAGGGCAGGUGGCAUGCAUGAGUGCUGAGGGUGAGUGUGUGGAUGCUGGAAGGCAGUGCUUGCUGCUGAGCUUCCCUGGUGGCCCUGAGGCUGGAUCAGAGGGACACAAGACAGCACUCUCCCCAGAUGUGGAUCACCUUCCACAAACACUGAUCAUGUACUUUUUUUUAUACAAUUUUUGUUUGGCCCAAUGUGUAUGAUGAGUGGUUGUUUUAUGUGUAUAUAUUACUGGAGUGUGUGUGUGUGUGUGUGUGUGUGUGUGUGUGUGUGUGUGUGUGUGUGUGUGUGUGUGUGUGUGUGUGUGUGUGUGUGUGUGUGUGCAUUCAUGUGUGAAUGUAGGCCAUAUACAAGUGUGCAUGCAGAUGUGUUACAAAAUUAAACAAAAAAUAUAACACUGAAAUACCAUAUAAAACUAUAUUACUGUUUGUGUAAACUCACAUUAUAAAAAACAGUAACAACUACCUUUUAAGUAUUAUACCAGGAAUCCACUGUGUCACACUUGCUCUCAGUUAAGAAACUAAGCUUUCAUUUUAUUUAGCUGAUGAUUUGACGGCUUCUAACUGACUUGCUUCACCUCCCAUGUGCUGCCGUGGGACACUCACACACCAUCACUACCGGCGCCAGGCCCCAAUGCUCUCAGUAUACAUGUACUCAUACUUAUUUCUCACAAACAUUCACUUUACAAAAAAAAAAAAAAAUUCAACUCAAGUUUGUUAUAAAAUGUACUUUUUAAGUAUAUAUUGAAUUUGAAUUAGGGAAAUUUUCUUUUUUUUUCUUAAGAUAUAUACAAGUAAAUUUAUAACCCUAAAUUUUGACUGAAUUGUGGGAAGCAUCACCUCAAGAACAUUGUGUAUCAUUGUAGUAAAACAGCACAUCACUAUAGCGAGUUUGGCUUUAACUUAAUGAUCACAUAAAUGCUAAAUGAAAAGUAAGUGUAUAUUGAGAGAGGUACUAUCCUUUUGCCUUUGAAUGGAGUCUUACUAUAUGGUAGGAGUGCAUGACUUUGUGUGGGAGAAUUCACCAAGUCUCCUCUGAUAAAUAAUGAGCCUCCACACCACCACCAGGAAGCCAGUAAUAAAGUGACAACCUGGCACUCACUCGCAGCUCCAUCCCUGAGGCAUUAGGAUACACACCGUGCUGUGUAGCCGGGUCGUAUGGUUUAGCUAUGUUGAUAUUGUAGCAUUUCUAUGUUAUGUUUCCUCUUUGUUUUCUUCCGCUGCCAAGAUCAUCUCGCCUACACCUCUACACCCUCAUGUCCCGAGGCUGUAAAUCGGUAACGUUUACAACUGUGUAAAACUUAAAAAGAAAGACGUUUAAUGUAAUCUUAAUUAUAAGUAAUUUUGGACCACAAGUAUCAUUUAGCCUGACAAAUAAGUAGUGCCUUCAUAAGAAAGUUGACAUGUUAGGAGAGCCAAGGCUGUAGAAAUCUCUUGUAAAUUGUUGUUUGUUUGGGUGAGAGAUGUUAUUUUUGGAAGUAGCCAGUGCAAUAUUGGAUGAUUGGUAGUGAUGUAAUGCCAUUCAAAAUAUUUAACCCAUUCAUUCAGUGCUAUUUGGUUGGUUCAGGUUAUAAUACUUAAGCAAAAGAAUAAAAAAGUCUUGAGACAACAUCAUGACCUAUGUGAACUGUAUAAUCCUUUUAUUCAUUUAUUUUUUCUUGUAUUAUUAGACCUAUUCCUUUUUUUCCAAAUGUUGAGCUGUAUGGUUUCAUCACAUGGCAUUUCUAACCUGUGCCCUGCCCGUCCAUUGCCACAUUGUGCGGGCAUUCUUGAACCCGUUUAGAUCAGGCCCACCUAAUCAGUGCUCAUUGUCAAAUCUUCAGUCUUAGGCUAGCCCUGUACAUAUAUAUAAUUUUAAUUAAUUUUGUAUAUUAGGCUGGUCCCCUCCAUGAAUAACCAACUUUUUACUCUACUGUAAAUAUUACCCCAUUACAUAAACUAUGCAAAAAAUUUGUAAUAAAAUCGCAACAAAGA